AGAAAUUAAAAGUCAAAUUUUUUAUAAUAUUUUGCAUAUAUUCAAGUUAUAUGUGUUAGUUGAUAAAAACGUUCGACAAGACAUAAAGUUAGUGAUAACUAUUGUAUUGACAAUAUACUUUCCUAUACACAAUGGCUCUCGUUACAAUCGCGCUUACAUUACAUUAUAACACCUACAGGUGCAUCGACGCAGGUGCAUCGUGCAUUACGCGUCGAAACAGCCGAGUGUAACCAGUGCUAUCAUAAUGAAACGUGAAUACAUUUUGAUUUGGUGUUUAACUUGGUUUUUCUUUCUCUUAGAUUUCAAAAGACUUUACACAAAAGAAGAAUCGGGAAAUGCAUACUCGAAAGGAUGCGCUCAUCUACGUUGCGAGAACGGCAGUCGAUGCAUUAAACGUAGAUUUUCGUGCAGAAAUCCACCUUGUCCCGGCAUGUUGUACUGUUCUAAAUCCAGAAAAGAAUCGUUGAAGGGACCUGUGUCAUGCGACACCGUUCACUGCAACAGAGGACACAUAUGCAUCAUUAGAGUUCGGGGAUGUCAUUGGGAUGGAAAGUGCAAACAGCAAGUAGCACGCUGUAUACCAGAGCAAGAAUAUUACGAGGGUGCAGCAUCAUGCGCCGGCUUCGAAUGUCCAUCGGGAAAACGCUGCAUCUUGCGGGAAACAUAUUGCGACAACCCACCCUGUAAACUUAUCAAAAGCUGCGCAAAGGCAGAAGAUGUGCAGAUCUGGUUCGACGAAUGCAGAAGCUUGAACUGCACUUCGGAAUAUGAGUGUUUUUUGCGAAGACCGGAAAACAAUUGUCUUGAUCGUUGGUGUACGCAUACGCCUGAUUGUAUACUCACUGUUGAAAACGAGCUAAUUAGCAAGUAUUGUUACGGCUGGAUCUGUCCGCGAAUGCAAACAUGUACAGUACAAAUUUUAAAUUCGUGUAAGGGUUUCAACUGUUCCAUCGAAAGGUCAUGCCGUGCAUCUCGAAUCUCAUCUACCAAAAAUAACACGUAUAAUAAUGAGAUUGCCAAACAAUCCCCUGCCAGAAAAACUUUGGUGCAAAUUGAAAGCGAGCUGAUUCGCCAAGAAUUGGAGAAAAAAGCAAAUACACAGACAAAUAAUUCAAUAACAGGAAAAAAGUUAACUUCGGCAGCGACUUCAACAUGGAAGCAAAGUACACGUCGCACAACACCGAAAAGGCACAAGACAGAAAUUUUGCCAACUCGUCAGCAAAUUACAACGACGCAAUCAAAUUUAAUCGCAAAACCAUUGGAAUUAUCAACAAACGAUUUACAUGCGACAUUACCUUACUCUCGAUCUUGGUUAAAUAAUAAUAAACCAUUAACGACUGAUGCCAUCAAUGAAGACAACAUUUUCGAUACCACUUCUGAAUUCUCUGACUCGUCGAACAACUCGAUUUUUCCGACAACUUUACUUGCUGACAGAAAAAUCAAGGUAACUACAUUGCGUGAUACAAACAGGUUAGAAGUGCUGAAAAAAAUUUACAUAGCAACCGACGACACAUUGCUUCUUCCCGUGGUGCUGGAAGGCAUUAACUUCGUUGGACAAGGUUACCCGAUCUGGAUAAAAAACGAUCCGCAUUUGGUAUCGUUGAAAGAAAAGGAUAAGGAUGACAACGUAGGAUGGAGAUACCACGUGUCGCAGGAACCAUACAGAAUUUUAUUGCCGCCUUACGAGCCGGUGAUUCUUAUCGAAGACACGAGAAAAGAAGAAUUUUUCUCGAUUCUUACUUAUGCAUUUGAUCGUCCUUUUAACGAGACGGUUUUGAUAUCUUUGCCAGAAAUAACUGGAGAUAGAAUUACAACGGAAGAUUCAAAGAUAGGUAAUAAUCCAACAACUGUAGAUGACAAAAUUGGCAAUUAUAUAAAUGGUCCUACGACUGUCGAGAUAGAAAACUUCAGAACAAAUCAUUUUGAUGACUCCUCUGGCGAUUAUGUGAAUUUCCCCGUCAUGGAGAAAACGAAUACUGUUUCACCAAAUGUUCGCGACAAAGAACUAAAUUACUAUGACAACUAUGACUGGCAACCGUGGUUCAUGAUUCACGACUAUCUAGAACGGAACGAGCCGCAAUCUGUCGAUCAAGAAAAAUUUCAAUCAAGCGUCGAUGAUUCACAGAUAGAAAAAAUUGCAAAAUAAGAACUAGGAAUUCAUAAUUAACAUAUAAUAGCCGAGAGCGAAAGAAGCCUCAAUCGACGAUGAGUCACACAGAAAUGUUAGUCGAUGCAAAAACGAGAAGCCAAAUUAUGGAUGAAAAAAAGGAGUCGCGCUUUUGAAGUACGAUACGUUAACAAACGCCAUAAAAAUUUUGCAACAUUGAAUCUACCUAUUUCAACAGGACAAAGCGGCAUUAUAACUUUCGAGGCAUGGAAUACUAUGAUCUUGCGAAUUAUCCUUAUGACACAAUAUCCAUUCGCGACAGUAAUAAAUAUAGGCGAAUUCGAAGGAUCUUUUUAAAUGUCGCAUUUAUAGUUAAAUCAGGAAAAAAUUAGAUAUGCCUGCAGAUAAUUGUCUUCACAUUUUUAUUUUGUUCUACGUGACUUGCAAAAGCUGUAAAACCAGUUUUUGAAUUUCGGUACCAGCGCAACCUUGUUUCCUUUUGGUGAAUUUAGCAGGCAAGUAUUUAUAAACUAUGUUGGGCUUAGAUUCUUCGCAGAAUUUCCGAGGAUUUUAUUAUGCAUUAUCUUUAAGCAACAACGAUUUUAUCAUUGAUAAAGUAAUUAAGAUAUGU